CGAUAAUCAUCGUGAAUGUGUACUAGCUCAUGAAAUUGCUCUUAGUGCGGAUCUUGCGAAAAAGACUUUCCUUGUGUGUAAACGUAUUUUGGCUAGGUUACUAGCAAUGCUCUUCCCAUGACAUAUUGAGCAUUCGAAAAUUCACUAUGCAUAAACACGGCCUGAUUAUCACCUCUCACCAAACAUUUUUUAGAGGUCUAUAAAUUCUUUCUUUCGUCAUUUCAACUUGUAAGCACACUCAUAAUUAGUACACUUGUCCAGCUUAUUUUUAACAAAGACUAUACACACAGUUUUACUUAGUUAUUACAAAAUUUGAUCAAAAUGGCAGCAACAACAAUGAGCCUAAUGCUAGCCCUAGUCUUGGCAACCAUCUUCUCGAUGUUAAGUGGCGUACCGUCUCAAGUGACACCGGAAUGCGACAGUGUGCUUCACACUUUGGCUCCGUGCGUUGAUUUUGUCACCGGAAAUUCUUCAAAGCCGACGGAAACUUGUUGCAACGAAUUUCAUCUUGCAGUUCAGACCAAUCUCACUUGCAUCUGCCAAGCCUUGAACGAUCCUGAUAUUGGUCCUAGAUAUGGGAUUAACGGUACAAUUGCCCUUACACUCCCAGAUCAAUGCAAUCAAAAUGAAGGAUCAUCCCCUAUUGGAGAUUGCAACCUUGACUUCCAUUCUGGAUCCUCUAAAUACCGACUUCCGUAACUACUUACUGAAGGGCCUGAAGGCAGUGCAAAAAAGCGUCUAAUAAAGCAGUGCUCGAAGAAAAUAAAAUGCACCUUUUCAACUUGUUCUUGUGCUCCGUGGUUUCCUUCACUUUCCAAUAUGAUUGUCAUUUUCGGACAGAAGGAAUCUAUGUAUACACGGAGUAAUUAGUAUAAUCCUUAUGCCAAUGUUUUAUAUAUAUAUAUAUAUAUAUAUAUAUAUAUAUAUGUGUGUGUGUGUGUGUACUCUUGUGUUGUGGUGUAAUACAACUAUAUAUAAAUUAUUCAUGGAAAAGGGUUUUACUUAGUCUACUUGAGCUUAAUUUGUUAUUACUUUCUUCUUCUUUUCUUAAUCUUUUGGUAUUGGCUUCACCCGGAAUUGUACUUAUCAGAUAUUUGUAUAUCUUUAAACGAAAAAUGCAAUCAAAUAAAACAAAUUAUGAAAUAGAC